AGUCAUUUCUGCCUCUUGCUUCCUGAUUUGGUUGCAAGAAGGAAACCACCCACUGGGGUUGCUGAGAACCAACUGACCAGAGCAAAACCUUACCCCUGCCGUCCUGUGGUGAAAUGGGCAGGGAUAGGGCUGUGUGUGUCCAGGCUUGCUCCUCCUCUGAACUGCAAAACUGAAGACAAGAUCUAGGUUCCGGCAGAAGGGACGCUAUGGUCACGGAAGUCCUGCCCCUGCUUUGCCUUGGGCUGAGUCUGGCUUAUGAAGAUGAAAAAAGUGAGAAGCUUCCCAAGCCUGUUCUCAGUGCCUGGCCCAGUUCAGUGGUUGGAUGUGCCAGCAACGUGACUCUGAGGUGCCAGGCUCCUUUCCACAAUGCGACGACAUUCGUGCUGCAGAAGCCAGAGGACUCGGAGUACCAACAAGAGCAGAGCUCAGCAGGAGAGGAAGCUGGGUUCCCCCUCACCGACGUGGGGCCUGGGGACGCUGGGACGUAUGUCUGUGCUUACAGGACAGGAGCCUCCCAAGCGUGGUCUGACAACAGUGAGCCCAUAUGGCUGGUGGUCACAGGAUCACUCCCAGAACCUUCCCUGUCAGUCCACACAGACCCUGGCACAGCUCUAGGUCUCAGGACACUCCGAUGUCUGACUCCAUACAAUGGAACUGAAUGCAUGGUAAUUGUCCUGCUGAAAAAUGGGAUCCCAGAACCAUCGAAAGUCAAUGAAGUAAGAAAAAACCAAACUGGUUUAACACUCUGGAAUAUGACAAGCAGCGACAGUGGGAACUACAGCUGUGUAUACUACCAGUGUGAUUCCCCACACUUGGGCUCCUUUCCCAGCAACAGCCUGGAGAUCUGGGUGACAGAUAAACCUGAUGAACUUGGAGGUCUUUCAAUGAAAACAGCAGACACCAGAAUCGUCUUUGUCACUGUCAGCUGCAGCUCCCUCAUCCUCCUCUUCCUCUCCGUGGUCUUCAUCUACAGGUGCACUCAGCCGGGGUCAUCACAUGAGGAAUCUGCUGAGAGAACCAGCCAUUCCAAAUUUCCUGAGCAGGAGGCUACAGAGUUUUCCAAGAUGGAAAGGACAUCUCUCUCGACUGAAGACCUGGCCCAAGGAGUGACCUAUGCUGAGUUAAACGCCAAUGUACCAACCAAGGCAGCUUCUGUCCCCGCUGAGGAGCCACUGAAAGUAUAGAAAGAAGAUGCUGAGAGCCACUGGCAGAGGACGGAGCCAGGUGGGGUGACUAGAAAUGUGGAAAUCCAGAGGGCUCUGUGUUCCUCACCCCUAAUCCAUGUCAAUAAAAUUAAGCUUCUCAU